UCCUUCUCAUCACUGCAUCCUCUUCUUUCUAAUUCUCUUCUUUUUACAUCGGUUCUUUUCCAUUUGAGGUGAACAGUGAAGUUAUUGAUGCAGGAAGGGGGCGAAUGGUAAUUUUGUUGGGUGACCGUAGGCGAUGGCGUUGAUGGAGACAAGAUGCUAUGGGCUCCCUGCUCCCAAGUCUUAUUUCACUCAUAUCUAGAUCGCACAACUCCAACCUAGACUGGUCCAUCUUUGGCAUGUGUCGCCAGUCACUAAUCUCGCUCGCAUCAAGAUCCAGAUCGUACAAGGAUCUAGAGAAUAGAUCUACCUCUUUAAGAUUUAGCCAUACCCAGCGCCACUAUAUCCUAAUCCAUGUUGAUCUCGUCUACGAUACCCCAGCAUUCAUCGUCGGAUUCAUCUUCUCAUCUUAGAAGUUGACUAUGUCUAGCGAGAGGAAGAACAACGGCGUGGAGGAGAUUUGGUCAUGGUCUGCCGGUGAUAGCAGAGUCACCAGCGUGGGGUAGAUGAUUAGCUUAGUAAAAGUAGUAGAAGUAAUGUAUUCUUUAUGUAUUGGUUGUAUUUAUAUUUUUUUAUGAGUAAAGUAUCCAUGUAUUUUAAAAAUAAG